AUGAUUGCUCUCUGCCAUUCGAAAUGUUGGGUUCUCCAGCUGACAGACGAGAAAGGUUCUGGUAUAUACCAGAGGGGAAUGAUAGGCCACGUCAUUUUACCACCCUCAAUAGAAGAAAUUACAUCACCACUCUGUGUAAUUUUUAUUGGUUUGACUCUGCCCACUGAGGAAUGGUUGAGAAAAAAAGCUAAACCUUUAGCAGAUAUUGAAAUCAACGAGGACAUGCUCGAUGCUUUAGAUGUCGAUCCAGUUUUACCUUUCCAUAUACAGCACGUUGUUCCUUCUGGUGCGACAGACUCAGCUACCGCUCGAUAUGAUGACCCGGACAAAGAAUUCACGGUGGGUGUCGAUGAUGAAGUUCCCUUUCAGAACGUUGUCAUUACAGAUGUCGAAGGUGAUGCCUCAUAUGCAGAUCUCAAAGCUGCUGCAUGGAAUCACAUCAAGAAGAACGGAGGAGGUUACAUUGGUGUUCCUCAUGAUGUGUCACCUUCGAACGAAUUUAACAAUCCAGCCCUAUUGCCCAUGAUGUAUCCAACCCUUUUCCCCUAUGGUAUCGGUGGGCCCGAAGAUCCAGAACGUUCAUCCCCGUUAGCAUUUAAAUGA